AGCUAGAGACCAUCACAAUGCCAAGUUUCUUAUAUAAUGACAAAUACCACUCUUUCCACUCAUGCUCCUCAGUUUGAACUGAUGAAAUAUAUGCCACUCCUAUGAAAGGCACUUAACGCCUGCUCGUAAGAGAGGAGGCAUUAGCUAAUUGCCUAACGCCAUGAAGUGUCUACGCGGCACACAGUAACUUGAAGAGAAGGCAAAAACAUUCAUUGCUGUGGACGACGGGGUCCUCUCCCUCCACCUUCCUCUUUCUGCUUUUCCCGUGGGCCCUCGGCGCUCUGAUUCAAAACCCAUCUCCACUCAAGACAAAAAUCAGAUGUUGUAAUAUGCAUUCUAUGGUAGCAUUUGAGCAUAAAGAGGUGCUUUUUAAUUUUUUAAGUUUUUAUUACGCAGCUCAAACAGGCCCCCGACGUUCCAGGGGCGGGGUCAAGGCAGCGGUGCGGACACACCUCCGCAAGGCAGCGGCCGUCAGGUGCUGGGCAAACGUGUCAGCCUUUUCUACAGAGCAGGAGUCUUUCCCCUCAUAAAAUGCAAAGUAGCCAGCCGUUUUCCAUUUCCGCCAUCCCCAGCCUUCCUCACCAGGUGCCGGAGGAAGGGGCCGGGAGGAUAUGCACUCUCCGCUCUGGCGUUCACCUGUUUAAUGGAACCCCGUGGCAUCUGCCCGCGGGGUCAGGUCCAGCCGCACCUUGCAGGCAGGCUGCCCAGCUGGCCAAGCUCUUAGGCCGAACCUGAGCUGGGCUGGGCUGAGGCGCCCGGGAAGAGGAAGGAGCCCGUCCAGAAAACCCAGGGUGUGUGUUCGUGUGGCUGGUGUGCAAGCCUUCAACUUCGGUGGGGGUGGAGAGCUCCACGUUGCCCCUGGUGCUAGGCGUCCCGCGGCGGACGCUGGGCUCCGUUGCACUCUUCCUGCAGCUGGGAGUCCUUGAAGCUGAAGCUGGCGAAACUCACUCACCUGUCUGAACCCUAUUUGGGCAGGAAGCAGGGCCCGGCGGCCAGAGCGCGCUGGUCACCGCCACCUCGGCAGGCGGCCCUUCGGGUGCAAGGACUUCACAGCCAGGGAGGCACGUGGGGGCGGGGGGGGGGGGCGCUGCUCCCAGGAGCUCCAGGCCCCCGGGAUCCGCGCCCAGCUCCUUGCUGGUCCCUUUUGUUCCCAGGCACCCUCAGUUUGGCGCGCCCCGAAGGCCAACCGGGGCAGACGCCAGGGUUACAGGUCCGAGACGCUCCGCCUCCUUCUGCCACUUAGAGCCAUUAGCGCCAGCUGGAACCCUUACGCUCUGUCUUAAUCUGCGGUCACUUUCGGAACUUCCCAGGCAAGGACAAGCUAGGCCCUCUGCCUCCAACCAACGCCGUGCCUGCCGCCUGCCUGGGACACCACCAGGACCGGGAGGUCCCGCUCUUUCCCCGCCCCCCCGCCCGGGCACCGACGCCCCCAACUUUUUACGCGCGGUCUGAGCCCAGCGACUGGGUGUCUGGCUCCUCUGCUAAGGGGCGUGCGCAUCUUCCGGGUGCCGGCAGCGCUCCCAUCCUCUCGGCUGGCCCUCCUCCUCCCCAGGACCGACUGUGGGACUGAUGAGCCGAAGGAUCUGCAGGGCACUGGACUCUUCCUAGGGCUCUGAAUUCGCCCCCGCCUUCGAAUCCAUCUUCGAGGACGGGACUGAGCCUCAGGCGGCCAAGUUUCUUACUCUACAAAAGUCAAGGCGGCCUUGUCUUUUUCUUUCCGAACGCGGGUGCCUGUGGCAGAUCGGCGGAGGGCCCGGGACCGCGUCGCGCCGUCGGGUGCAGCGAGCACCAUGGCCGGCUGCUGCUGCUUGUCGGCGGAGGAGAAGGAGUCGCAGCGCAUCAGCGCCGAGAUCGAGCGGCAGCUUCGGCGGGACAAGAAGGACGCGCGCCGCGAGUUCAAACUGCUGCUGCUGGGAACUGGUGAAAGUGGCAAAAGCACCUUUAUCAAGCAAAUGAGAAUCAUCCAUGGGUCUGGUUACAGCGAUGAAGAUAGAAAGGGGUUCACGAAGCUGGUUUACCAAAACAUAUUCACCGCCAUGCAAGCCAUGAUCAGAGCCAUGGACACUCUGAGGAUACAGUACGCGUGUGAGCAGAAUAAGGAAAACGCCCAGCUAAUCAAGGAAGUGGAAGUGGACAAGGUCUGCGCCCUGUCCAGGGACCAGGUGGAGGCCAUCAGGCAGCUCUGGCAGGACCCAGGAAUCCAGGAGUGUUACGACAGGAGAAGGGAGUACCAGCUGUCGGACUCGGCCAAAUAUUACCUGACUGACAUUGACCGGAUCGCCAUGCCGUCAUUCGUGCCAACACAGCAAGACGUGCUUCGCGUCCGAGUGCCCACCACCGGCAUCAUUGAGUAUCCGUUUGACUUGGAAAACAUCAUCUUUCGGAUGGUAGAUGUUGGUGGCCAGCGAUCUGAAAGACGGAAAUGGAUUCAUUGCUUUGAAAGUGUCACCUCCAUUAUUUUUUUGGUUGCUCUGAGUGAAUAUGACCAGGUCCUGGCUGAGUGUGACAACGAGAACCGCAUGGAGGAGAGCAAAGCCUUAUUUAAAACCAUUAUAACCUACCCCUGGUUUCUGAACUCGUCUGUGAUUUUGUUCUUAAAUAAGAAGGAUCUUUUGGAGGAGAAAAUCAUGUACUCUCAUCUAAUUAGCUACUUUCCAGAAUACACAGGACCGAAGCAGGAUGUCAAGGCCGCCAGAGACUUUAUCCUGAAGCUCUAUCAAGAUCAGAAUCCUGACAAAGAGAAAGUCAUCUAUUCUCACUUCACAUGUGCUACAGACACGGAGAAUAUCCGCUUUGUGUUCGCUGCUGUGAAGGACACAAUUCUCCAACUCAACCUGAGGGAAUUCAACCUGGUUUAGAAGCUGCUGCCCACCCCUCACCCCUCCCAGAGGACAGGAUUUGCAAGCUCCUCCCGUUUUAUUUGCCAGUGCUUGUGACGUCACCCACCCGGCCAUGCAGGCCCCAGGGACAGGUGGUGGACUUCGUGAGAUAUUUUGAGUUUAGCCAACUUUUUCAAAGUCUUUAUUUCUAAAUUGUUUUUGUAUUUCUUUUCUUGACUUUUGGCUAUGAGAUUUUAAGUUUUUAAUUUGAUAUUUUACAGAAUUUUUAAAAGCCACUGUGAUUUACUAUGUUGUUGUUUUAAGUUAAAGUGUGUUUAAUAGUCCUUAACACAUCCUGUAACAGGGGGUCUGUUAAUUUAUAGAUCAUGCCUUGAGACCUCUAGGAUUAACUUGGGUGGUAUUUUUGUUUUUUUAAAGUUAAUGGGUUUGAAGCUUUUUAUUAAAUCUUGUAAUUUAGAGAUUUUAAACUUUCUCUUGAUGCUGAAGUAUGCAUUUUACAUGCCAUCAAACUUUAUUUCUUAAGCCAAAUUAAUGAUAUCAGUGUAUCUUAGUUUUGCCACAAUUUGAUUACCAUGCAGCCAAAGUUGACAUAAAUGGGCUCUAGACAGCAUAUUAAGUUGUAUUGGUGGGAAAAAAGUGUGUUUUAUAUAUAUAUAUGACCAAGUCUUGUAAACUUCUGAAAUGGCUAAAAGUCUAAAUUGUUUAACAAAUGUAAUGUAACCCCUGCCAAAGUUCUGAUGGCCACCACAGAUUGGCUGGCUGAAACAUGUAUGCUCCUCGGAGGAGGCGAUGAAUAUACCAUUCGGCCAUCAGCAAUA